CCUUUCAGGAAGGCGCGUGUCCCGUUCGUGCUCGAAGUCAUGGCUCUCAACUUUCAAACUUCAACACUUUCUUUGACUCUGCCGAUAUCGUGUCAGAUAUGCCUCGGUAAGGUCAGACAGCCGGUCAUAUGUGGCAACCACCACGUGUUUUGUUCGUCUUGCAUGGAAAUGUGGUUAAAAAAAUCAAGCCAGUGUCCCUCCUGCAGACUCCCUAUUACGUCAGAGAACCCCUGCAGAGAAAUUAUAGGAGGUACGAAUGAGAGUGAUCAUGCUGAGAGCCCCUCUGUGAGAAAAUGUCUCAGGAAAACUCGAGGGGAGCUCCUUCUGCGAGAAUAUGAGGAAGAAAUCGAAGGCCUCGCCCGAGAGAAUGAAGAGCUAAAAACCAAAAAUCAAAAUCUGGAGUUGCAAUUGAGGACAGCUUUGGAUCCCUGCACCAUUAGCUCUACGCAAACCGAAGACAAAAGAGUGGAUCCGAGCUUCAUGGAGGAAUUAGCAAAGAGGCUGCAAACAGCCCAAAAUGUUUGUGAUGAAGUCAAACAGGACAUGAACAAACUUAAGGAGGCUAAUAAAACACUGCGAUCUCAAAAUGUUGACCUGGUACAAGAAAACAUGAGACUGAAAGCUGAAGUAGUCAGUAGAUCUCCACAGAAGUUUGGUCGUUACACUGUCGCCGCCCUGGAAGCGAAAAUCCAGCAGUACCAGAAAGAUGUUGAGCAUUUAAAGAAGGCUCUGGAGCGCAGCGACCAGUACAUUGAUGACUUGGAGAAUCGGGUGCAGGUGUCUGAAAAGAAAUGCGCAGAGUUGCAAGACAAAAACAGCACGCCCGGGCUCGAGUCCUUCAGCCAGCAGCAACGGAUCCAGAUGAUGAUGAGAAGCUUGAGUGAUAACGAGAGGGGCUCCAUUUGCAGCAAUCCCGAGGCAGAUGCGCUGACAUUUUCCAAGACUGCCAGUUUGAUGUUCUUACCGUGUGGGGAUCACAAGGACUCUCCCAAAAAUCCUUGCGGACUCGCCCAAAAGGGAGAGGACUUAGAUGUCGCCACUUCGGACUUGUUGCCCUCGACCCCCUCCUCUGCCUUCCGCUCGCUGACGCUUAGGAGCCCCGGCGUGCGUGAGAAGAAAGUUGCGUUUAAGCCCGCCACUCAUCUCAGGAGGAUCGAUUUUGACGACGUCGCCAGUCCGGGGAAGACCGCCACAGAACACCAGCUUGCUUUCAAUAUGCCUCGAAAUAUCGAGGACUCUGAGCCGCUAAAACCUGUUUUUUGGGAAUCUUGGAAGUUCUCCAAAUCAAAUGACCCAUCAUGUCCUGGCCCAAGUAAAGAAAUAUUGUCCGCCGAUUCGACGGCCGACAAUUUUGUUUCCGACGAGCCCGAUUGUUUCCAGAAGUCCAGCGAGGCCUCCAUGGACGCGGCUUUUCUCAACAAAAUCUCCGAGUUGGACUCCAUGAUGCUGGACGUAGAGAGCUCCAGUAGCCGCGGUUCUCAGCUCUCCCCGCCGUCCUCCCUUCCCGCCGACUUACACCAAACUCUUGUCCCGGAACCGUGCUCUGGCGUCGGAGCGCUCUUGAAUAUCAAGGAGGCUUCCGGAGGUGGAUGUCCUCCGUCCCCGGUUUCAGAUGCGGACGAGAGCGGCGUGGAUCGCGGAGGGACGUCGCAUACCGAAGAGCUCUCUUUUGAUUUGCUCUUUGAUGAUGUGGAAGAGUCCAAGGCCGGUCCCUCCGGCUGUGUCAGUCCAGCGGGUCACGACACCUGCUCCCCCUCGAAAAAAGCUGUGAACACAUCAAGAGACAGACACGCGCUCAACACUGGCCAGCCAACAAAGAGGAAGUCCCACAGCCCCUUUAACAGCAGCAGUCCAACCAAACUUUCAAAGCUCAUGUGAACACGGCUCUGCGUAUGUCCUCUGCACUGAAACAUGUUGCGCUUGUAAAAUUUUGCCCAUUUGGCUCUCAAGUCCAGUCUUGGCCGUCUGGGCAAACAGGAAAAUCACUUUUUUUUUUUUUUUUUUUUGUAAAACCCCCAGUAUAAAAAAAAAUGAUAAAUAGAUUUUAAAGUCUUGUCUGAUAGGAUGAAUGUUGUUAGCACUGCCCGUCUACUGUUGCCACUUAUUGUUUGACCUUUUUUGUCCUACAUGUUGUUAGUUAUACAAGAACCUCCUGGGAAAAAA